AUCAUCCAUGAAGGCAAUUUAGGGAAGUCGGACAAAGAAGCUAGAGUUGGGGAUGUGAUUGACAUUUUCGAUGGCAGUGACGUACCAUUCGUGAUACGAAAGACACGGAGUGAUAAUGGUUUACGCUGGAAGCUAGUUGGUGAAUGCUACUUGUGUGGUUGGAUGGAUGGGAGCUACUCCGAUCACCGAAUUGUAGAUGACUUAGACGAUGGCCUUGCCACGGCAGACACGUAG